UUAUGAUAUCUUAUAUUCGCCAACUCUCGUUGUUAGCGUUACCUCGAACGAUGCUCACUCUCAUUCCCUAGCCCACCCCCGGUCUCUCUUUUACUCUGCCAUAGUCCAACGUGGCUCCUCCGGCGCAGUGGGGCUCUCCUGACCGUCACGCCGUGAUCUGCACGCACCGAUCAGCUGAACUUCCGUGGCGGGACACUAAGUCCGACUUAGGCGUUAAGUCCCAUACAGACAGCAGACCCUCUCUCUCGCAGCGCCAUGUCGUUGAAUGGGUCUGGCAAUGCGCCGCCACACCCGCGUCUACACUCCACUCGCUCCUUUCCCAGGAUGGAUGAUGGUUCAGACGUCAGCCCGCUCUCUCGGGUGAGGGCCAAGACGGUCCAGUCGAUGGCGGUCCCUGAGCCUGUCAACGGGGAUGCGCUUCCGAUCCCCUUAACUGAUGACGAUGCAGGUCAGGAUGCUGGCCCUGACUUGUUUGAGAAAUCAAGAUCUUUUGAUUCUGGUGCUACAGAUGAUGGGCAACAAGGCGAGGAAGGUUCCGUGCUGUCGCGAAACGUCGAGGACGAUCCAGAGGAAUUACCCAUUGAGUUGAUUAGCUUAACAGAUAGAUUUGUCAACUCGUUGACCGCGAAAGUACACGCUUCUCCUCCCAACAUCGAACAAAUCUCGGACCUCUUCCAGGGCUUUUACGAGCGAGCAGAAUCGCACAUCGCAACGCACAUAUCGGCUCUCGCGUCUCGUAUACACCGUGACCCUUCUCCAUACCCUCCCGACCAACGCUCCCGUGCUAGUACCCAGACCAAAGCGAACAAGGAUGCGGGCAACACCCCCAGCCGGCAGAUGCUGACCGCGUCGGAAGUGGCGGAGAGGAGAGCGGCGCGGAAGCUUCUUGCUCAUAAACAGGUGGCUCUGGAGGAAGCUAUCGAACGGAGAGCCUGUGAGAGCAUAUAUAACAGGAUUUGGAGGCAUAAGAGCACCUUGGAUGAGGCGCGUGAUGAACAGCUACGCUCAAAGACGGCAGCCCUCCUUCUACUUGGAAUAAAUCUCAAGGAUCUCGGAAUCGACAUCGACAUCGCAGCCGUGGAUGAAGUCAAACAGAAAGAGACCGACGAAUGCCUGGCGGUGGCCCGGGAUUUUCUUGCGAGAAUGAACGAUGAGAAGUACCCCUUGGGAAAGCUACGCCACCUUGCAUCGGCGCACAAGGCGAUCGUUGACGCCUUGACCAAAUUGCUCCCAUCUUCGUCUUCGGCCGAUGAGAUCUUACCGACCUUGAUCUACUCCCUCGUUACGUGUCCCACCGAGGGAAUCAACAUCAUUAGCAACCUGUUCUUCAUACAGCGGUUCAGGUCGGCCAGUAAAGUCGACGGUGAAACAGCAUACUGCCUUACCAACCUCGAAGCGGCGAUCAGCUUCUUAGAAAAUGUCGAUCUAUCCGAGCUUCGCGCCGACGACAUGCAGGACGGACAAGCCAAAUCGCCAAACGACGUACCAAAGCCCCUUGAUCCGAAGAUGGCAAACAAGGAAACAACAACGGUUACCGUCACGCAGGUCGCGUCGUCGCCCGAGUUUUCGAAACCCGGCGGCACAGAGACAGCCGCAGAGACGCUCCCCCGGUCCCAGCUGUCUACAUCGAGCCAACGACGCCUGAAUAGCUUGUUCCAACCCCCGUCAAAGGUGCUCGGUGCCGCCAACGAUGCCGUCCGCAAUACCGCCGACCAGAGCAUAAAGAACAUCGGCGCAACCCUAGAUUCCAGCUUCAACUUCCUCUUCGGUCGUCUAAAAGAACUCCAAUCCAGCGACCUUCCUGGCAGCGACGGAAAAAACUCAGUAGUACCGAAGACGCUAGCCGACGCCCGACGCCUAAUCACAUCCCCAGCUACCGACCAAGAGAAUCAACCCCCCAAAGGACCCGCAGCGCCUCAGCUUAGACGGAUCGGAUCCAAAGCAGAAGACACCUUCCUGGGCCUAGUAGGCGGGCAACGAACACAGCGCGAUCGAAGCGCAGACAGCACCCGAACCCAAGGCUCCCGAAAAUCCAGCACCAUGCCACUUCCAACGAAGGACGAGCCAUCACCGAAUCCCUCAUCCCAAGCAUCCCCCACAGGCGCACCAAUCGCACAAACCCCGCUAGACUCAGUCCGCAAUUUCGGCAACACCCUCAACCCCCUCAACCACAUCCCAGGUAUGAUCCGCAGUUUCGGCCGCGCCACGCCUGAGCUUCCUGGAGGAGGAUCAGCCGCCUCUUCCCCCUCGGAGCGAGCCAAACCACCUCCCGCCUCGCGGGAAGUCUCCUCCUCCAGCCUCACCAGCCCACCCCGCAAACCAGACCCGCCCAUCCAGCGAUUCAUCCAAAUGCAGGAUUUCAACGAUCUCACGAUCCGGGACGUGGCUGUCCUCUUGGAAGAUUAUAAGAGGCUUGCAGCGGCGCUCCAAGAGCAGAGUGCGGGGCAGAAUCCCAAGUAGAAUGGGCGCUGCUGCUUGCGCUCUCAUUCGAAAUCUUUAUCCUCAAGCGCAUUUCCUCCCUUCCUGCUUAUUACUUCAAUUUCGGACAGGUGUUCUUGGGGCUGCUAUCUAGAGCAGUGGUUGGCGUUGGUAUUGGCAUCUAUGCAUUAUUGUUCUUCAUAUACCUCUUUGUUCAUACCAUUUGUCGAUGUGAUUCAUCGUGAUAUUUAAGUUUUGAGAGUUAGUUAAUGAGGACUAAUU